AUGCCAGUGCAAGCUCGGCGGCGGCCACACACCAAAUCUCGCCACGGCUGCGUGCGAUGCAAGCAGAAGCACGUCAAGUGCGAUGAAGUCCGGCCUACCUGCGGCACUUGCGUGAGGUAUGAGGUCCCCUGUGCGUAUCCGCUGAGCCAGCCGCGUGGGCCAGCGCAAGGGGUAGACGAUGCCUCUCCGGAGACCAUCGCGCCUUGCUCGACCUCAAACUCGACGUCGCCUGCGCCUGGGCCGAGACUGACUGGGACGGGGUCACUCUCCCCAGCGACGACAGCAAACCACCAGCCACGAUCCACGCUUACACUCUGGGAGUUCGAGCUCCUGCACCACUGGAUCAUCAACGUCGCCGACUCCUUCGACAUAAGCCCCGGCGUGCAUCGGGCCUUUCGCGACCAUGCUGUAACCGCCGCUACACGAUUCGAUUUCUUCAUGCACAUGAUCCUCAUCCUCUCGGCCCUGCAUCUCGCGCUCACAAAUCGCCCAAGUUCACCGAGAAACACCGCGAGCUGA